CCACGCUCUCACCGCAUAGACUCGGCUCGCUGUACCCGCACCCCGGGUUCUAGCUUCCCCGGACUCUAGACGACUCCGACACACGAUUACGAGUACUGCGCACCAUGGCCGACCCCUUCGAAGUGCGCCAGCGCUUCACAACGCUGCUCUCGCACCUCAGCGCAUCGCACACGUCGAUCCAGAAAGCGGCCGUAUAUGCGCUCAAGAACCGGGACAUGGACGAGGACCUCCACUCGUGCAUUCUCGAGCAACUUGAGCGCACAAAUAUGAACACGCGCGCGAAUAUCAUGUUCUUCAUCGAGAGCCUGUGCGAGAUGGCGGUGAAGGAUGGAGGGCCGGCGACGGGUGAGGGGAGCGCGAUGGGCUUUGUGCGGAUGCUGCAGAGAGACAUACUGCCGGUUGUGGAGUGUGUUGUGGGUGAGGAGGGGGCAAAUGUUAGGGUUGUUCGCAAGGUUCUGCACACCCUCCAAAAGCUCGCCAUCCUCCUCCCCGAAACCGUCACAGAACUCGAAGCCGUGCUCAAAACCCGCGAACCAGAAGACCCCUUCGACGCCUCGCCCUCGAACAAUGCUUCCUCCAAGAACGCGAAGCUAGACAAGCGCCAGAUCGAGCACCGCAUAGAGGAAGAUCGCGAGAGACAUAAGAGGUUACGAGAGAGCAUCUGGGCUGUACCUGGUGACAACGAAGAGGAGAUGGAUAAGCUCUGGGAGGAAGCGAGUGAUGUUGGCGAGGAUGAUUAUAUCAUCGCAAAAGAGGACAAGGACGAAAGAGAUCAGGCUAUUGCUUUCGGUUGAGUGGUGGCAGCGGUGUCGGCACGCAGGGUUGGAGACAUUUGGGAUAUACGGCGUACGGCGUUCCGCAUUUCCUCGGCGUUAUGGAAAGAUACCACAGGCGGUGCCGAAUCGGCACCACAUGAUUCGGAUGAAUAUCAGACAUUACAUCAAUGCAGACUUGAAC